AACAACGGUUGUCCGACAACUCCUCACAAGUCACAUGGUUCAGCAACUUAACUUAUUAUUUCUUCUGUGUGAGAUGCAAAUGCGAUUCCCCUACAACUAAACAAAUGAAUGGCAGUACACGGCCAAUUAUGACCAAGGUUCGUACCUACCCCAAAUUUGGAAAUCUUGAUCCGAUAUGCAUGUAUAUUAACUUAAUAAAUUUUUUCAUAUAUAUCUCGGCCAGCCUAGCUGGCUAAUCUCAGGAGUGGGGAUACCCUAAAUAAUCUAACCAACAAUACUGAAACGAUAAGAGGGAUUCAUAAUUUAUAAGGAACAAUUUAAUGUUAAUUGACAAGAUGUGUUUUGAGUGAAAUAUGGAGAAAUUCUUGUAAAUUUCUGAAAUCAAAGGUUAUCAAGAUAUAACCGUUGAGAGUUGAGUGACCUCCUAAAAAGUCACCAUGAUGUACAAAUCACGUACAACCUGUACAAUUAUUUUUCAAUCGUAUUAUCUUUAAACAAAUCACGUACAACCUGUACAAUUAUUUUUGAGUGUUGCUAUUCGUCGUCCUAAUUAAGUUAAAUUUACUCUAAUGUCUUUAAUUCAUUUAUUUGUAGUUUAAACACUUAAACCCAAAACAAACUUAUAAAUUACCGGGAAAAGAAAAAAAAAACAAACCUAUUACUGUAAACCAUGAUUAAGUAACAAACUUAUUACAGUAUGCUCUGAGACAGGGUUAUCUCCAACUACGGCAAGUAGUUUAAUGUCAGUGCUUUGAAUCGAGAGUGAAGGGGAGAGAUUUGAGCGGCAUUGUCCUGGGAAAGGGAAAGAGCUGAAUUGCUUGGUUCCGUCGCCAAAAGCGUACCGCCAACCACUUCCAUGGCCUCGGAGAAUAAAGCAAAUUAACUUCUCGGCAAUUGUUUAAUUGGUUUAGCGAUAUUAGCACAUAAAUUUUGUUGAGGUGUAAAUUAUGUCAAUUUAGUGUGUUUUAGGGCGAUAAAAUUUGAAAAUUCUAGUACGAGGGUAGCGAUUCCGCUUGUUCCAAGAGAGCUUCUGCAAUUGAAAGAAAUCGCCAACCUACAAAAUAGAAAAUGAAGAUCGCUGGGUAUUUGGUAAGUGCAACCAGGGAGUGAAAUUUUAGCCCAAUUAACAAAUGAGUUUUAGCUCAUUCAACCAUACCUAUUUAAAUAGAGUUGUGUUGGCUUUAAACCCAUGAAUUUGGUAAAUUUUGUGGGUGGUGUAUCUACUGAAAUCAUGGUUCGAAAAAAAGAAGAAAAAAUUAUGGUUAUGAAUUAUGUCUCUCAGAGAAGUUGGUAACUACCUCUCAUUUUGUUCUCGAGAUUUUUUAUUAUUAUUUGUGAGUCAUUCCUGGCACACGAUAGAGUUUGAGUGGCCGUGACAGGAUUUGAAAAAAAGUAAUCUAUCAUGAAUUUGAAGGCUUUUGCCUAUAUUCAUUUGGAAAUUGCAGUUUGAUAUCUAAACAUAAUAUUGUUACCAUUUAACAUGUAAACUCAAUUUAUCGUUUAUUAAUAAAAAAAAAACUCGAUAAAAUAUUCUAUAGUCCAAUAAUACUGACCAACCAACCCGUUGCACACUCUUACGGCAUGACUAUAUAAAGGCAUGCUGUGGUACCACCUCCAUGCCCACCAAAACAAGUAUCAUUUCAUAAACUUAAACAAAACAAGAAAACAAAACGAAAGGAAACUAAAAAAAAGCGACGACGUGUGGUAACAAACAUGGAACUUCCAUUCUCCAACACUCUCCUCCUCAUCAUCUCCUUCCUCACCCUCCUCGCCGCCAUCAGAAUCCUGAAGAGAAGAAAGUCAUCAAAGCUGCCGCCGGGCCCAUGGAGGCUGCCCAUCAUCGGGAACCUGCACCAGGUGGUCGGGUCGGAGCCGCCGCACCGGCGGCUAAUGGGCCUGGCCCAGAAGCACGGCCCGCUGAUGCACCUCCAGCUCGGCGAGACCUCCAACGUCAUCGUCUCGUCCCCAGAGCUGGCAAAAGAAUUCAUGAAGACGCACGACCUCAAUUUCGCCUUCCGCCCGGUCUUCCCCGCAGCCCGGAUCCUGUCGUACGACGCGCGGGACAUCGCGUUUGCGCCCCACGGCGAGUACUGGCGGCAGAUGAGGAAAGUGUUCACCCAGGAGAUACUCAGCGCGCAGCGCGUGGAGUCCCUGCGCCCGGUUGUGGAGGACGAGAUCGGCAAGCUCACCGCAUCCAUUCGGCAACAGAAGGUCCAAUCUAUCAUCUAUCUAUCUAUCUGUCCAUGCCAAUAUUUAAUCAUAUGUAAUUAAAACCUCAAUUUAAAUCCCAACAGAAGGUCUAAUCUAUCUGUUGUAAGUUUUUGUUUGUUUACUAUGUCUAACAAAUAUUUACACUCUGUUUGGGAAGAGGGGUAAAUGGGAGGAGGGUGCAAAUGUGAGGGGUAAACACUGUUUUCAAUACAUUUGCACCUGUUUGGUUAAUUUGGAACAGUAGGGGGUGCAAAACGGGAGUGCAAAUUUACUGUUUCGGCUUACCCUCCGAAUUGGGGUGCAAGGGAAGGAAGGAAGGAAGGAAGAGAGGGGAAGGGGGGAAUUAUGGAAUUUUUUUUUCUAAUUGUGUUAUAUAUAAUUAUAUAAUAAUUAAUAUUAUCAAUUUCUUCUUUUUAUAAAUAUCAUUAAUGUAAACAUUAUUUGGGGUUGACCAUUUUACUCUGGAAAUAAGUUUAUCAAUGUUCGUCAAGUCAAAUCUAGAUCUCUUGGUUGAAUCGAAUUUGCAUUGAAAAUUAGAGAUACGAGGUGUUUGUGGAAAAGAUAGAGAGAAAUUGUUUGGUUAACUCAGUUUAUUUGACUAAAUAGUUAAAACUUACAAAUUCGAACGUGUUUGACUAAGUUUGACAAUUUAAGAUUAAACUAGACACGAAAACCCUAUAUAGGAUGACCAGUUACGAGUUGAGCUUUGAGUUUUGAGAUCGCUCGAUCAAUGAUUAUUACAAUUGUUAUAAUUAAUUAUUAUUUGAGAAUUAUUAUAUAAUAAAUAUUUUUAGUAAAGUAUAUUUAUUAUUAUAUAGUAAUAUUUAUUUUAUUAUUUUAUGAUAAUAUUUUAUAAUUUUAAAAUCUAUUUUAUAAUCUUAAAAUCUAUUUUAAAAUUUAAAAUCUAUUUUAAAAUAAUAUAAUUACUUACUUUUCACUCUAUUUGCACCCCCCCUCCACUUACACCCCCAGUAAUUUACCCCUCAAUUUGCACCCUCCUGCAAUUUGCACCCCCUUGUUGCCAAACAGAGCGUUAAUCAGAAACUUGGAUGACUUUAAGAACUAGUGGAUGCAAUCGGAGUAAUUAAAAUCCUGAUUUAAGUUUUUUAUUUAUUGUUUGUUCGUAAGAAUCCCGAUUUUUACAAUGACAUUACUUAUCUGUUUCGAUUCUGAUUUCAGUAUAAAAUCUAUAGAUACAAUAUUUACGAUUUAUGUCUUUAGAAUCGUAUGAUUUUCAAGGAAAGACCCAUGUUAAAUUGAAUGAAGGUUUCCCCAAAUUAGCAAAAUAUAACGUUUUCCCCUUCCUCUUCUCUUCCAUCAAUAUCAUCUAGUUCACUCAUACUAGCCACCAUUAACCAUCACAAAUUCACUUUAACUCAUUAAUCAUUACCGAUUCACCACUUUCCAAUAUAUUAACCUUGAGAAAUUAUUAUUUUAGAGUUAUGUGCCUUUGUUUUAUUUACGAUUUGCGUCAUAUAUGUAAUAUCAUUUAGUGUUUGUUUUUAUACGGACCUUAACGUCCUACGAUCUUACAAUUCAAUUUCUACCCUAGUUUUUUAUUUUACGUAAAAAUCCCGGUCAGAAAAGGGCUUUUCUGAUACCAUGUUAUGAACCAGUGCGAUCGAUCCCAAUAACUCGAGUUGUUUAGU